AUGGCUAUUCGUGCUGAAGAGCGGUACAAAAGCAUUCGGGCUCCUCACAAGAUCAAGGGCGGUGUAUCCGGUUGCGGAUACAAUAUAUUUGUUGGCGGCAACGGCGGUGCGAAACCCCGGCACGCAGAACUUCUGGCCAAAGAUGUGCCGCCAGAGGAGGUUAUUCCAAUCCUUGACCGCUACCUCAUCUUCUACAUUCGGACAGCCGACCGACUGCAGCGGACAGCUCGGUGGCUUGAAAGUCUGCCGGGAGGUAUCACCUACCUGAAAGAGGUCGUUCUUGAAGACAAGCUGGGGAUCUGUGCCGACAUGGAGAAGCAGAUGCAGGAGCUUGUCGACAGCUAUUUCUGCGAGUGGACCGAGAUUCUUGCGGAUCCAGUCAGACAGCGCGUGUUCCGCCAAUUCGACAACACGGAUGAAGAUGUAGAGACGGUCGAGGUCGUCGUUGAGCGAGAGCAAACCAGACCAACCUACUGGUCUCAAGAGUCGGCGUCUGAGGAUUUUCGCAGUCAUCACUGGUCGCAGCUUGCCUGGGAGCCGCUCCUCGAGACGAAGCACUUUGAUGCAGACGGACGCUCAUCGGCGCAGAUCAAGCGGGGAGACACGCAGCUUGCGGUUUUCCGUGUUCGUGGCCGGUACUAUGCGACGCAGCAGAUGUGCCCGCACAAACGGGCAUUUGUGUUGUCAGACGGCUUAGUCGGUGAGCAGGCGGCCGCAGCCAAUGAAAAUUGUGCCAGUAACGGCGACAGUGGCGGCGGAAGUAAGUACUGGGUAUCGUGCCCAUACCACAAGCGCAACUUUGACCUCAACGGGGAUAUGCCGGGACGGUGCUCAAGCGACGAUUCACUGAGCAUCGCAACUUUUGCAGCCGAAGAGCGUGAUGACGGAUGGGUGUACCUCAAUCUCCCUCCCGUGGAAGAGCUGGAUGCACUACUCGGUACUUCGAGGUGGAAAACACGGAAGGAAGAAGCUGGUGACCCGUUUCAGAGGCUGGAUCAGAAGUUGGGGAAGUCCCAAAAGGGUCGUAAAGGCCGGAAGCCAACAGAUAUACAGCCUCCAUCUCUACAGACCGUUUCAAUUGGCUGGUAG